GAGCAACUUCCAAAGCGGGAGCAAAGUCUGUUCCGUUACAAUUCGUUCAUAUAGGGAAUGUAGUGUACUGCUGAACUUUCUGUAUGAUAAAAAGCGAUCAAUCAGACCACUGUUGACAUCUGUUUUAAGUUUUGGCUUGAUUAUCUAGAAUACGGAGUUCCAUCUUACUGUGAGAGCCAUGACCUCAAAUUACGCUCAUGGUAAUCCAGGAAUCCAAAACAAUAUACUAUCGUAUACUUUGAAAAAUCUGUCGAUCGGGCCUAACCAAAUUGCACAGAUGAAUGAUCAAUCUACUUCAUUAUGUAUGACUUCGUCAGCUACACAAAUGAAUUUUCUACGUCCUGUUCCUGGUAUAUCUGGAGAGGCUGCUUUUCCAGGUACCCAUCGUCCAACUUCUGGUCGUACGUUAGGGAUACCUGACUUUCUAUCAUUGAAUUCCACUCCCACCUCUAACAGACCAUCUGUAUUGUCCACGGUGUCCAUUUCUAAAGCUCUCACUCCCCCAAAUGGACAUCCCACGAGAGCUCCUGAAAGGGUAGCUCUCACAUCAAAAGCAGUGGUUCCAGGAAAUAAUGGUUUCGCUAGUAUGUUUCGUCCCCGAGUAAGUUUAACCGUCAACUAUUAUCACGUAAGUCCAUUUAAGCUCAUAAUCAGCUUUCCAGAAAUUCAUAUUAUUAUGUAAAGUUCUAAGCUACUUAGAACCUACAAAACUUCUAAGUAAAGGCUAAUAUACUUAUUUAUACGAAUGUAGUCAGUGGACGUUCCAAUUAUCAACAGCCAAUACCAACCUGGUGGAACAAAAUGGAUCCUUUUUUCUAUUCAACUCUUAUUUCCUUCUCUGUUUAUUUGACUAUAGGGAGUCGCGUGCAUGUAACAUUCAGUUUAUGGAUUCUCCGGGUGUUCAUUAUGUUUAUAAAAUUGAAACAUCAGAAUGUAUGACUGGCCUUUCGUUUUAUAGAGCAUAUUUCGUAACUCCUGAAGGCCUCAUAUCUUGUGUUCCAUAUAAUUACUCUGUUGUGCAUGUGGAGACAAUUACUUAAUGUGUAUACAGAUAAACGACAUGGAUAACAUCAGUUUUCCCGAUUUUUUUAAAAUCGAACUGCUUUUUCUCAGGCGCCUGAAUAACACAUAUCUUACAACAGCUAGUCGGUUAUUUGUGAUUCCAUACUGUGCGCCUACCAAAUCCUUAUAUAAAUCAAGCAUUUCUUAUUGCAACCAGAGCUAUACUAUUUGGUUUGAUUGUUUUAGGACUCUUCGUUUCUUACUGAGAUCUUGAGCUUCCCUUCCGGAGACUGGCAACCUCAACGAAUUCAAGAUAGCUGUCAGCGAUAUGCUCCAAGCCUUUCAAGAUCUCUUCGAAGAAGAGGAGACCACCACGGACAACAACUGAAAAACGACUAGAGAACCAUUAACUCCAACAUGUCUUGGAGUUUUUGAUCAGAAGAAGCACCAUCACUAAUGACGAGUCUCGGUUGAUAUCACGGACACAAUACAAGAAAGGAAAAACAUGUAGACAGCAAUCAAAGGGUAACAUUUCUGCAAUGUAUAACACCUAAAACUUACAACAACUGUCGCUCAAUAUCAAAGAAUAUUCAAUGCAAAUGUCAAAACAAUUUCACUGUUUUGAGCCGAAAUUCAGUGAACUACUGCAUCCAUCGUCAAAACAGUAAACAGUUGUUUACUUGCACAAAGCACUCCAUAUUCGUUGACCGGACAUCAUCAGCAACAACUUGCUGCAGCCGAAAACAGAUCGGCUCCCAACUGAAGAAGAAAUUAGGAACAAACACAGGAGGUGGAUAGAACACAGUUGAAAUUCGCAAACUGCACCACCACGCAAGCUCCAACUUGAAAUCCUCAGAAUAAAAAGCCCCUGGUAUAUCUUCUCGUGUCCUUUCCAACCUACCAGAUAGUCGCCAAAUUCCCUUAAACACUGAGAUGAGUUCAUCCUUCUUCUCCAGUCGAUUUGGCGUUGCAGCCGGUGACGUUCUUACUACGGAUGGAAUAAAUCAUUCAACCGUCACCCAUUCCAACUCACCUCCAUCUGCAUUUGACAAUAUUUUAACCUCUUCGCAUUCAUUUGAAAAUUUUCUGCCACCGAAUUUAAGACAGUUAACACAGCCUGGACAAUCUCAUAUCCGGAAUUCAUCAGGUUCCCCACUAAACUGUCAAUCUGACACUCCACUGCCUCCCGAAAUGAGACACGAUAUCCACCUCACCCCUUUCAGUGACUCUCCGUGUGUUCUCCCCGUUACUGCCUCUCAAUUUUAUUCCAGCCAUCAUUUUGAAAAUACGAAAAAACUCCAAGCUUCUGGUACCCUUAAAGUUGCCCCAUGGAUUCUCGUUCCGCCAGUUCCAGAGGGCACUGCAGCUCAUAUGAGGACAGGAAGAAUUCACGAAGCUAAGUCACAUUUGUUCAACAACCCUGCAUUUGGUCCCAUUAUGAUUGAUGACGACUUCAAAAACGCACUUCACAGUAAACUUCAGGCUUGUUUGUUCACAGCUGACGAGUCAAUAAAGGAAAAAUUACCUCGCAAUUUAGGAGCGUACACUGACCUCGUUCCUUUAGAAGUUUUGGAUCAGCCAAGAGUAUCAGUGACAUUUGGUCUCCCUGGCGUUUGUUUUAAAGCUUGGUCUCCUCGGUUCAGUCGAUAUAUGCUUCUUAAACGCGUGAUUUUACCACCUGAUCAUGAAGCUGUGUUAGCACCUGAUGCUUAUUAUUUAGCUAAACAACUAUCUGAAUUAAAUCAUCCUACCAUUGUUGGGUUUCGGGACGUAUUUUUCACUGAUGCAUUUUCUGAUAACUCGGUUAUCCUGGUUUAUGACUACAUACCUUGUUCAUCAACUCUACAACAAAUUCAUAUGAGUGAUCCAUUGAAAUUAACUAGUUUUACUUCACCUUUCAGUAUUGGUCGCACGGUGCUACCUCAUAGCGUCAUAAAGAAUGCGCCAUCUGAUCUCGGAAUGCCUCACGAGUCUGUUAUAUGGUCAUAUUUAAUCCAAUUAACCAAUGGUUUGCGUUUUAUUCAUCAAACAGUUCACCGAUCAUGUGGUAUACUGGAUCCUACUAAAGUUUUAUUACAAGAUGGACCGCGUUUGCGAAUCAACUGUUUUGGUUUAAAGGAUAUUCUGUUCUAUUCUGCACAAGACACUAAUUUAAUCGAGAAUCAGGCGGCUGAUUUUAUACAACUUGGUAAACUAAUGUUGGGAGUUGCUUGUGGUACAGUUGCAGCUGUACAGGCUAGUCAACGAGCUUCUUCAUUCAAUCUACUUCAGCGUGCAUAUCGACCAGAAUUAGUUACUCUUAUUAGAAGUCUAGUAUCAGGGCAGAUAUCGGGAGCAGAUCAAUUAAUGCGAGCUACUGCACCAUUUGCAUUCGAUCACUUAACAAGGUUAUAUGAUCAUUCAGAUGUCUUGGAAAAUCAAUUAUUAUUGGAAUUGGAAUGUGACAGACUUUUCCGGCUCAUCUGCAAACUUCAAUCUAUUGUGGAGCGUUGCGAUCAGGGUACUUCUCCAGAAUGGUCUGAAACAGGUGAUCGUUAUAUGUUGAAAUUAUUUCGAGAUUUCGUAUUUCACCAAUCCGAUCCUCUUGGUGCUCCAUACUUAGAUCUUGCACAUAUUAUUACUACACUGAACAAGGUUGAAGCUGCUUCACCUGAACAUCUCUGUCUAGUCAGUCGUGAUAGUCAAAAUGUGAUUAUUGUCACCUAUGCAGAUAUCAAACAAUGGUUAGAUACAAGCUUUUCGUAUCUUGUGGAUAAACACCGGCAAAGUCGAUGUGAAUUACAAUUAACACGUCAACGACAUGCUCACCAACAACAACAAGAGAUUUCCAAUCCUGUUGUACCAACUAUUUCUGGAACUCAUCAAUAACUGGAAAUAAUAAUGGUUAUGAUUUUGUAAUUUCAAACCAUACAAACGUGCUCGGGGUUGAUUCAUGCAACAGUACAUUUGAUAUAUAUAAAUGUAUUUCACACAUUUGUCCGUCUUCCGCCGUUUACAAUUAUGAAGCCUUUUGUCGAACUUCUUUUCUUCUCCCUAUUCUUCUAUCUAUCCGCCCACAUACAUACUUAUUGUAUCAUUUGUGUAGUAAGUUAAAGUGAUGUGUUUCUUUAGUCUAUCUAAACUUCAGGAUGAUUUUAUGUUCCUCAAGGAAAACUUUCUUUUCUACUGUAUCCAGUCAUUCCCCAUACCCCCCUUUCAUCCUAAUUUAAUGUGUAGUGAAUUCAUCAAUGAUUAUUCAUUUUACAACAAACGAAUGUAGUAUUAUUACCUGUUUAAAAGAUCGUUCAUAUCAUGCUUACUAUUGUUUCAACUCUUAAAAAUGUUAAAAUGGUUCCAUUGUGUAUCCAAAGAAAAUUAUCCAUCAUUGUACAUUGGUAGGAAAGGAAUAAUCAACAAGUGGCAAUUGUUAAGAAACCAUUCCGGCGGGUAUAUUAUGAAAAAAAAAGAAUGGAUUUUCCAAUGAAAUGUUUUUUUUUCUCUCAUUUUCAGUAAACAGUUGUAUUUUGUUUGUUGCUUCGGUCUUUCUCUCUUUGUACGCUUCUACUUCGCUUGAAAAAUUCUCUGAUUGUAAAUGGAAUCUUCACAUCUUAUUCUCAAUCAAUUUCAUUAGUUGUACUUGUUUUGCAUUUCUGUUUUAUUAUUGUUGCUAUUUACUAUUACUGCUGUGUUUUUUUUAUGAAAAAAAAAAACAGUUUUCUUUACUUCGAGAGUAUUUCUAAUAUGUCGGUGACAAAACCAGUUACAAUAAUACGUGGUCGAUAUAUGUGUGUACUUAUUUUGCCUGUGUAUGUACUUUUUGCGACUGUUGUUCAAUGUUGUACCUAUAUAUGUAUGUUGGAUACACUAUCAGUCUGUUUCAAUUAUCUCAGCAUUGUGAAUAUGGUGUUUAUGUGCUUUUCUGUGAAUGUAGAAUGUAGAAUAAACAAAGAGAGUAAAAGAUAUAUAUAGAUUCAUUCAUUCAUUCAAUACAAUGAUGAUAUAAUAUUUAUAAUAAAAAAAGAGAAAAUAUCAUACCUUAAAUAGCAACCAAAAGAUGAAAUACUUCGAUUUCUUUUCACUUAUUUCUCAUUCUUUACUUUUGUAUUUUUAUUUUUCAUGAAAGUGCUUUUUUUUUGGAUUCGCCUUAUAUACUUACUCCUUUCUAGUACAAUUCUUUCUUUUUGAAAAAAAAAUAAACGACAUCAUAUUUAAGCUGUUGCUACUGUUGUGUCGGUCGGUCGGAUAAUAUUUUUGUUUCCUUUUUUUAAAAUGUAAAAUUGUAUUUAUCAUCAGUAAAAUAUUGCAUCCUUCAAUUGAAUGUUUAUUUAACCAAACUAAGUAAAUAUAUAUUUCAUAAACCAAAUUAAAUAUAAUAAAAGCGUAUAAAAACUAUUC